AUGAAAAAAAAAUCCAUACUUUUGAGUGAUUUGACACAGGCUAUCUACAAUUUCUUAACUUCAAUAUCAGAAAUUGAUGAAAAUUUGGAAGACAAUAUUAGAUUCUUUUUUGAGUAUUGUGUUGAUUUUAUAAAAAUUUUAGAUUUUCAAGAAAGUGAUUUGUCCAAAUCAUCAAUUAUAAAUAAGCUUAUUAAAAAUGUUCAAGCUG